AUGUUCUUGCUGUUUUGUGCCCACUUUAACCUGGCUGACCUUCUGCUCGCGAACAAACGCAAGCAGGACUGUUCUUGCUUAACAUCGGGCACGCAACAUCUCUUCAAGUCUCAAUUCAAGUUUGCACAAGACAUACUUCAGUUUACCUUCGAGAUAUCUGACCAAGCGUUGCAGAUUCCUCCUCCCAGGCAACGCGUUGUGCGAUCACUCAACGUGGAGCUCGCCAACAUUCUGCUCCGCGUUGAUGAUGCGGGCAUUCGCGCUGGAUGUGGAACGUUGGGAGGGUGCGCUGUCGUCUGGUUGUCCUCUACAUUCUGCGUUAUGGCGAUAGACAGCGUCUCCCUUGUCUUAGCAGUCCCAAUUUGGCGCGAAUCGGGAGCGGCAGCGGCUCGGGAGCUAGCUUCCGGCCAAGGCUGGUCGAGUGCGGGAGGGCGGCAUUGUGCUGCCGCAGAGACCGCAUCGUUCCCGGCCUUGUCCGACGUUCAUUCGGCGGGAAUCAGCGGCGGCAGCGGUUCGGGGAAGGCUACAGGCAGCGGCCCGUGA